UGAAAUUGCAAUUGUGCGUCAUUUUUUUUCAUCUAAACGUUUAGGUCACAAGUUUUGAGGAAAUAAGAGUAAUUUGUUUUAAAAUAGCUGUAGCAUCUUAUACUUCUGAAAAGGUAAAGUAAAAGGAUCUAUAGAAAAAAGAGUACAUAAUAGCAACCAUUUUACCUGCUUGCAAAUUCAACAAACCGUACAAAAAAUUUCACAAAAUGGAGGAUAUCAAGAAAUUGCUGAAUCAAAGCAAUAUUGAUAUAAGCAGCAGCUCGGACAGUGAGAAUGACAAUGACUGUGAAAUAUCAAUUGGAAUGCGUAAGUCUAACCGUGAUGUCGAAUUACCCAAGGAAACUUCAAAGGGAAAUCGCAAAAGUGGAGUUGCUCGACUUCCAACCAGACGGCCCGACCCCAAUGUCUACAAUAGAAACGCUUUGCUUGCACGAGAGAAUCGCCGAAAAAAGAAAGCUUACCUUGAGGCUGUUGAAAAAGAACUUGAAGAAACGCGUAUCACUAACAAAUCUUUGGUUAAGGCCCUAAAGAAACAAUCCAAAAUGUGUCGUAAGCUCCAAAAGGAGAACCAACUCUUAAAAAUCACAUUGGGAAACCAAAAGACACCGCUAGCAUCUUUUCGCUGCAUUUCGCCAGUGGGAUCCCUUGGAUCUUAUUCACAUUAUUCCAGCAGCGGUAGCAGCACCUUUGAACCAGACGCUGCCCACCCACAGAAGGAAGAGAGUGUCAACAACAAUGAUUAUCAACCAACUUCAGCCUACGACAACACAUGGAACGAGAUUUUAAAUGAAAACUGCUUCCAGUUUAUGAAUAAAGAAUCUCCAAGUGCAGAGGAAGAUACGGAUAAUGAUAUCUGUGGCAUUAACGAGGAUCACAGCUACUUUAAAGGCUGUUUGUCUUCUGCACCAAAUGACAGCACUGAGCUGUGCCUGCACAUUACAUCAGGACGGAUUUCUUCGCUAGAUGGUGGCCCAAUCUCGCCACAAUGGAGCGCUAGCGGCACGCCCCCAGUUCAGUUGUUGCAAGACGACGAUGUCAUGGAUGAUGACACAACAACUGCGUGGAUAAAAAGUCUGUAAUUUAUUGUUAUUUAUUGUUUAGAUUAAGAGAUAAUUCCUGCAUUUGCACAUUUUUGCUGUAAAUCGAUUUAAUUCUUUCCAUUUUUUCAUUAAGAAAUUAUUACAUCCUUGAGUUAGCUGAAGAUGUGUUAUGGAGCUUAUGAUAGAAUCUUUAUGCAGUGGAUCACAACUGUGGGUUUUGACAUAAUGAAACUGAUACUUUUUUUGUUCAUAUUUCAGAGCUGUUUGGAAAAAUGCGCUGGAUUGUUAUAUUAAUAACGUGCAUGGUUCCUAAGUUCACUAAAAAGGUGGGUUUUUUUGUUUGGUUUUGCAGUUAUUUGUUUAUACUAAGAAUAAAAACUGCAAUUGCUCAAUGUUUAUUUGAACGUGAUUCACAUAGUUGUUGUCCCACUUUUUCAGUUGCGACCAACACCUGCGGCGAUCCUAAGAUAUCUUGAAACGUGUUGUUCAUCAUGUUGUUGUGAUGAUGGAUUUUUGAUAAGUAUCAAAUUUCAGUGGGAAUACCUCUCUGCAAAGAGACGUUUCCAACAUGGUUUUAAAACAUUUAUAAGUUUAAAUUAUACCUAAUUGGGAUUAUUUCUCCAUAUCUUAAGUGAUUUUGAAAUUCGUUUGAAGUUUAUAUCGUUUGGAUAAGUAUCAGCCAUAUAAAUCGUGCGUUCGACAUUUGUCUCAGGGACCAAAACAAAACCCGGUACGUACUUCUAUCAUAACUCCAAAAUAUCUUCCUUUUUUUUUGUUAAGUAUUUGAUGAUGACACUUUGAAUUGAAUCAAAUGGAAAGAAUUAUCGAAAUAUUAUUUUUGAAUAUAUAAGUUAAACUUUAAAUAUGAUUGUCUAAGUGUAUACUGUUAAUAUGAAAUAUAUUCUGAUUCAUAUAGAAUAUUAAUAAUAAAAACUAAACUAUUACAAAAUGUAA